GUAGUAUAGAAAGAAACAACACUAGGCAGUGCUUCACUUCCAUUUUCGUAAAUAAAUACUAAAAUGCGCCAGGGUUGUACCGGCCAUUGUGUGGAGCCACGGGCUCCGGUGGUUCUAGGCCUCUCCAUACUUACCCUGCUCCUCUUUACCUCUCCAGUCAUUGGCUGGCGUCCGUGGCCCCAAAACAGCUCCGACCCACUUUAUGGUGACUCCAAGAAGUUCGAAGGGUCAUCGGAGUUCGUACACUUGAAGUACCACAUGGGUCCAGUCCUCACCGCCGAUAUUACCGUUCAUACCAUCUGGUACGGUUCCUGGCAAAGAAGCCAGAAAAAGAUAAUCCGCGAGUUCAUCAACUCAAUCUCAGCCGUUAACUCCAAACGCCCUUCCGUCGCCGGGUGGUGGAAAACCGUACAGAUGUACACGGACCAGACCGGGAAGAACAUCUCGCGAACCGUUCGACUCGGGUCGGAGAAGAACGAUCGGUUUUACUCGCACGGUAAAACCCUAACCAGGCUAGACAUACAGUCGGUGAUCAAAAUCGCGGUGACGGCGAAAUCGAAGCCGUUGCCGAUCAAUCCACAGAGCGGGAUCUACCUCGUUUUCACCUCUGAAGACGUGUACGUCCAGGAUUUCUGCAGACAGGUCUGCGGUUUCCACUACUUCACUUUUCCCUCCAUUGUUGGUUACACCCUUCCGUACGCCUGGGUCGGCAACUCCGGCAAAAUGUGCCCCGACGUCUGCACCUACCCGUUUUCGGUGCCGAGCUACAUGACCGGACUGAAGCCUCUAAAGUCACCCAACGGUGACAUAGGGGUGGACGGGAUGAUAAGCGUGAUUGGCCACGAGGUUGCUGAGCUGGCAACGAACCCGUUGGUGAACGCCUGGUACGCGGGUCAGGACCCGAGUUUCCCGGUGGAGAUUGCUGAUCUCUGCGAGGGCAUUUACGGGACCGGUGGUGGCGGGUCGUACACGGGUCAGCUAAUGGACGGUCACGAUGGUGCCACGUUCAACAUGAACGGGAUCAGACGGAGGUUUUUGGUUCAGUGGGUUUGGAACCACAUGUUGAACUACUGUAGUGGCCCCAAUGCGCUUGAUCAGUAAAAUUAAAAAAAAAAAAAUUGAAUUUCUUAUAUAAUAUAUCUAUAUAUAUAUUUUUUCUGGGUUAUGGUCUGAGGUUAUCGGGUCUCUCUGGGUUUGGCUUUCAAUCUUGUGAAGCUUUGUUUUGUUAAUGCAUAAUUAAUUAUAAUCAGCUGUUAAGGUAGUUUAAGUUUGUUAAUUAUUGUAACAAUAUAAUUUUCGUAUACUAUUUAUGUUAUACCAAAAGAUGUCGUUUCCUCUUU